CUUGGUUUCGUUUUCGUUUCACCGCUUGCUCCGCCGCCAUCACGAAAAACGACAGUUGGAGAGGUUGGUUUACCUCGGUGUUUCUCUUACGCGGUAGUUACGUCCCAUUGCGAAUCGUACAAAUGAAGAUGGUGGAUAAGAUAGAAAUGAGUCUGGACGACAUCAUCAAACAGACUAAGGGGUCUAGGGCACGAGGCAGCGGUAGACGCGGCAGAGGCGCCGGCAAUUCGCCCCGUAGAGGAGCACGUAGGGCGCAAAGGGUCGGCGGUGGCGUCAUGCGAGGACGCAAUCGCGGCGGUAUUGCACGUAGCUCUUUGCCAUACACGAGGGGUGAUGUAAACAGCGCUUGGAAACAUGACAUGUUUGAUGGUGUAAAAAAGGUUGGUCGUGGUAUAAUAGGCAAUGCAGGAACAACCAAACUUUUGGUGUCAAAUCUUGAUUUUGGCGUAUCAGAUUCAGACAUACAGGAAUUAUUUAGUGAAUUUGGACCUUUAAAAUCGGCAGCAGUACAUUAUGAUAGAUCAGGUCGUUCUCUAGGUUCUGCAGAUGUCAUAUUUGAAAGACGAGCGGAUGCUAUCAAAGCGAUGAAACAAUAUCAUGGAGUACCUCUAGAUGGUCGGGAAAUGAACAUACAAGUCGCGACUUCUGAAUUACCAGUCACUUCUAUCCGUGGUGGUCCAAGACCAAGUGGUACUAGUUAUACACAGAGACCUCAGACCCGUUUCAGGGGGAAUCGUGGCACAGGAUCAGUCAGAGGUCGUGGGAGUGGUCGGCGUGGAGGUAGAGGAGGCACUCGACAAGCGACAAAGACACCCACAGCUGAGGAAUUAGAUGCGGAAUUAGAAGCAUAUGUGAAGGAAGUCAAGUAACAAUGUCACAAAAUUCUCUUUACUCUAUUCAGAUUUUGUUCAAAUUGACUUAACACAAUACACAUUGUUGCCCUUAUUUUCAUGAAGCAUACAAUACAAUUAUAUCAAGAUAUAUAUGUAUACAUACAUACAUAUAUGUCGCUCUCUCUCUUUCUAGUAAAAUGUAAAGAAAUUUUCAUUAAUUUUUAGUUUUUAUUUUUGACGAUUCUUUCGAAAAUUGGUUAAAUUAGUUUUACACAAUCUCUACAAAUAUCAUUCAUAGACGUUCAUAGAUUUUUUUUAUGUGAUACAAUAAGAAAGUUAAAAAAGAACAAACUUAUAAUUGUAAAGACUGUAUGGAUUUGUAUGUACUAUCGUGCGUGUGUGUUCAUCAGAUGAAAAAUACAAUGAGAUGCAUCUCGAAAA